GUCGGAACCCUAGGCUUGGGAUGCACUCCCAGCCUUUGGCCAAGAAAAGACACUCGAGGGUUGAGGAUUAAGGACUCCUCUCGCCUCAACCCCUAAGUUCCGGCGAGGGUCCACCCUGCGCCCCCCGCCGGGCCCGCCUCCCCCCCCCCCCCACUCCCGGCCCCCGGUCCCCGGCCCGCGCGCCACUGCCCCUUUAAGAAGCCCAGGUAGGCCGGCCCGGCUGCGGGAGCCGCUCCUAUGGCAACCCGCGAGCUGCGGCGGCUUCAUGAAUAUUCCGGGGCGCGGGAGCCGGGCGCUGCCGGAGGGCGCUCCGGGGGAGGCGGCCGCUGAUGUAAGCCCGGCGGGCCGCUGGGCUCCGCUCGGCUGCAGCGGGAGCCCCGGGACGGGCCGGCCGGGCUCGGCCAGAGGAAGCAAGGCGAGCUCGCGAGUGACUGGCCACAAAGCCCGGGCGGCGGGACAGACGGACAGCCCGCCUGCCCGCGGGACAUACGCCCCAGAGGAGUGCUGGUCGUGCGCUCUGCGCUCCGGAGCGGUUUUCCGAGCGCCGCGGCCGCAGCGCUGCUUCAACCCGCGCCCAUUGUUCCCCGCGGGGGCGGGGCGCCUGGAGCCGGGCCGCGCGCCGCGCCCCUGACCGCGGGAGGGAGGGAGGGAGCGAGAGAGAGCGGGGUCCCCGCGCCCAGCCCGGCCCGGGAGGAGGCGCAGCGCGGCGAGCCCCGGGACCCGGAGCCGGACUGGGAGCCUCCCAGCCGCACGCAACCUGCCCAGCAUGGGCGCCUGAGGCGGCUCGGCGCCGGCGGCGAAGGACACGUCCCCGCGGGCUGACUGACCGGCGGGCGGACCUGCAGCGGGUCCGCGGCGCGGCACCCGCGCCCCUGCCCCCGGCCCCUGGAGCCAUGGACAAGCUGCCGCCGUCCAUGCGCAAGAGACUCUACAGCCUUCCGCAGCAGGUGGGGGCCAAGGCGUGGAUCAUGGACGAAGAAGAGGACGCCGAGGAAGAGGGGGCUGGGGGCCGCCAGGACCCCAGCCGCAGGAGCAUCCGGCUGCGGCCGCUGCCUUCGCCCUCGCCCUCGGCGGCCGCGGGCGGCACGGAGCCCCGGGGUGCGGCCCUCGGGGCGGCAGACAGCGAGGGGUCGACCCGCGGCGCGGGCAAGUCUAGCACUAACGGCGACUGCAGGCGCUUCCGCGGGAGCCUGGCAUCGCUGGGCAGCCGGGGCGGCGGCGGCGCCGGAGCGGGGGGCGGCAGCAGUCACGGGCACCUGCAUGACUCCGCGGAGGAGCGGCGACUCAUCGCCGAGGGCGACGCGUCCCCCGGUGAGGACAGGACGCCCCCGGGCCUGGCGGCCGAGACCGAGCGCUCUGGCGCCUCGGCACAGCCCGGAGCCUCGCCGCCGCCGCCCCAGCAGCCGCCGCAGCCGGUCCCCGCCUCCUGCGAGCAGCCCUCGGUGGACACCGCGAUCAAAGUGGAGGGAGGUGCGGCCGCCGGCGACCAGAUCCUCCCUGAGGCCGAGGUGCGCCUGGGCCAGGCCGGCUUCAUGCAGCGCCAGUUCGGGGCCAUGCUCCAGCCCGGGGUCAACAAAUUCUCCCUGAGGAUGUUCGGCAGCCAGAAGGCGGUGGAGCGCGAGCAGGAGAGGGUUAAGUCGGCCGGGUUUUGGAUUAUCCACCCCUACAGCGACUUCAGAUUUUACUGGGACCUGACCAUGUUGCUGCUGAUGGUAGGAAACCUGAUCAUCAUUCCUGUGGGCAUCACCUUCUUCAAGGAUGAGAACACCACACCAUGGAUUGUCUUCAACGUGGUGUCGGACACGUUCUUCCUCAUCGACUUGGUCCUCAACUUCCGCACAGGGAUUGUGGUGGAGGACAACACAGAGAUCAUCCUGGACCCACAGCGGAUUAAGAUGAAGUACCUCAAAAGCUGGUUCGUGGUGGAUUUCAUCUCCUCCAUCCCCGUGGACUACAUCUUCCUCAUUGUGGAGACACGCAUCGAUUCGGAGGUCUACAAGACUGCCCGGGCCCUGCGCAUCGUCCGUUUCACCAAGAUCCUCAGCCUCCUGCGCCUCUUGCGUCUCUCCCGCCUCAUUCGAUAUAUUCACCAGUGGGAAGAGAUCUUCCACAUGACCUACGACCUGGCCAGCGCCGUGGUGCGCAUCGUGAACCUCAUUGGCAUGAUGCUCCUGCUCUGCCACUGGGACGGCUGCCUGCAGUUCCUGGUGCCCAUGCUGCAGGACUUCCCUGACGACUGCUGGGUGUCCAUCAACAACAUGGUGAACAACUCAUGGGGAAAGCAGUACUCCUACGCCCUCUUCAAGGCCAUGAGCCACAUGCUGUGCAUCGGGUAUGGCCGGCAGGCCCCGGUGGGCAUGUCAGACGUCUGGCUCACCAUGCUCAGCAUGAUCGUGGGUGCCACCUGCUACGCCAUGUUCAUCGGCCACGCCACGGCCCUCAUCCAGUCUCUGGACUCCUCCCGGCGCCAGUACCAGGAGAAGUACAAGCAGGUGGAGCAGUACAUGUCCUUCCACAAGCUCCCGCCCGACACCCGGCAGCGCAUCCAUGACUACUACGAGCACCGCUACCAGGGCAAGAUGUUCGACGAGGAGAGCAUCCUGGGCGAGCUGAGCGAGCCGCUGCGGGAGGAGAUCAUCAACUUUAACUGCCGAAAGCUGGUGGCCUCCAUGCCGCUGUUUGCCAACGCGGACCCCAACUUUGUGACCUCCAUGCUGACCAAGCUGCGCUUCGAGGUCUUCCAGCCGGGGGACUACAUCAUCCGCGAAGGCACCAUCGGCAAGAAGAUGUACUUCAUCCAGCACGGGGUGGUCAGCGUGCUCACCAAGGGCAACAAGGAGACCAAGCUGGCGGAUGGCUCCUACUUUGGAGAGAUCUGCCUGCUGACGCGGGGCCGGCGCACAGCCAGCGUGAGGGCUGACACCUACUGCCGCCUCUACUCGCUGAGCGUGGACAACUUCAACGAGGUCCUGGAGGAGUACCCCAUGAUGCGGCGGGCCUUCGAGACGGUGGCGCUGGACCGCCUGGACCGCAUCGGCAAGAAGAACUCCAUCCUCCUCCACAAAGUCCAGCACGACCUCAACUCAGGCGUCUUCAACUACCAGGAGAACGAGAUCAUCCAGCAGAUCGUACAGCACGACCGGGAGAUGGCGCACUGCGCCCACCGCGUCCAGGCCGCCGCCUCUGCCACUCCGACCCCCACGCCCGUCAUCUGGACCCCGCUGAUCCAGGCGCCGCUGCAGGCCGCCGCCGCCACCACUUCCGUGGCCAUCGCGCUCACCCACCACCCGCGCCUGCCCGCCGCCAUCUUCCGGCCUCCCCCGGGGCCCGGGCUGGGCGGCCUCGGGGCCGGGCAGACGCCCCGGCACCUGAAGCGGCUGCAGUCCCUGAUCCCGUCGGCGCUGGGUUCCGCCUCGCCCGCCAGCAGCCCGUCGCAGGUGGACACGCCGUCUUCCUCCUCCUUCCACAUCCAACAGCUGGCUGGAUUCUCUGCACCCGCCGGACUGAGCCCGCUCCUGCCCUCGUCCAGCUCUUCCCCGCCGCCUGGGGUGGGCAGCUCCUCCUCGGCACCCACGCCAUCUGCUGCGGCGGCCGUCGCCGCCGCCACAGCCGGGUUCGGCCACUUCCACAAGGCGCUGGGAGGCUCCCUGUCCUCCUCGGACUCUCCCCUGCUCACCCCGCUGCAGCCGGGCGCCCGCUCCCCACAGGCCAACCAGCCGGCGCCCCCGCUGCCCGGGGCCCGGGGCGGCCUGGGACUGGCAGAGCACUUCCUGCCACCCCCAGCCUCGGCCAGGUCGCCGUCGUCCAGCCCCGGGCAGCUGGGCCAGCCUCCCGGGGAGCUGUCCCCGGGUCUGGCCACCGGCCCACCAAGUACGCCAGAGACACCCCCGCGGCAGCCUGAGCGGCUGUCCUUUGCGGCAGGGGCCUCAGGGGGGGCCUCUCCUGUAGCCUUUACCCCCCGAGGAGGUCUCAGCCCCCCUGGCCACAGCCCAGGCCCUCCAAGAACUUUCCCAAGUGCCCCUCCCCGGGCAUCCGGCUCCCACGGUUCCUUGCUCCUGCCUCCGGCAUCCAGUCCCCCGCCACCCCAAGUCCCCCAGCGCCGGGGCACCCCGCCCCUCACCCCGGGCCGCCUCACCCAGGACCUCAAGCUCAUCUCAGCCUCUCAGCCGGCCCUACCCCAGGACGGGGCACAGACUCUCCGCAGAGCCUCCCCACACUCCUCUGGGGAGUCCGUGGCUGCCUUCCCACUCUUUCCCAGAGGCGGGGGCGGCAGCGGGGGCAGUGGGGGCCUCGGUCUCCCCGGGAGGCCCUAUGGUGCCGUCCCUGGCCAGCACGUCACUCUGCCUCGGAAGACAUCCUCAGGUUCUUUGCCACCCCCUAUUUCUUUAUUUGGGGCAAGAGCCACCUCUUCUGGGGGUCCCCCUCUGACUGCUGCUCCCCAGAGGGAACCUGGGGCCAGGUCUGAGCCAGUGCGCUCCAAACUGCCCUCCAAUCUAUGAGCUGCGUUCCCUCCCUCCCUCCCUCCCUCCCUCCCUCCUUCUCUCCUCUUUUUUUCUCCUUUCUUUCUUCAGGUUUAACUGUGAUUAGGAGAUAUACCAAUAACAAUAAUAAUUAUCAUUAAAAAACCCACACCAGAAAAACAAAAGAGCAGAAAAUAACCAGGUAUUCUUAGAGCUAUAGAAUUUUGGUCACUUGCUUUUAUAGACUAUUUUAAUACCCAGCACUAGAGGGAGGGGGGAGGGGAGCAGGCAGGGCCCAAAUGCAAAAGUGAGAGGAAGGCAGGUGGGUUCUCUGGGGCUUGGCAAGGGUGGGGGUGACCCAUGUUUGGGAUACCUAGAGCAGACUUGUCAUUGUAUUCAUUUUAGGGCAAUAGCCACCACCAGGCCCUUAGCUGUGAACCUGGAGCCCCACUCUGCUAGGGGUUAUCCCAUUCCUCAGGAAGGGCUGCCCUUGGGUUUGUUCCUGGGGAGCCUCAGUCGCCUGAGUCCUUGGGACAAACGGGCCAGGGCCCUGAGAGUCUUGCAUUUUUUCUACUGCAAACUUAGCAAGAUAUGUAUAUGAAUAUGUAUAUGUAUAUAUAUGUAAGAUGUGUAUAUGUAUAGUUAUGUAGUGCUCUGUAGAGCCAUGUAGAUAGCCACUCACACGUGUGCACAUGUGUGUGCAAUCUAGUUUAACCCCAUGUUGCCAGGACACCCAGGUCACCUUACAUCCAGCAACCUGCCUUGGCCCGCAGGCUGGGCACCACAGGGCCUGGGGGAAGUAUUCUCUCCAGUCCUCAGGGAAGAGGACCCCCCCCCCCCGGGCUUCUCAGCAGGCCCCCUCUCUCCCCGUCUCUGGUCUCAAAUCCAGUCCCAGCCCGACCUCUUACGUGGAAGCAGAAGACUCCAGGCUGUGCCUCUCCUGUCCUGUAGGGCCUCAAGCACAUUCCCAUCACCUCUGUGGCCCUCAGUUUUCUCAUCUGUACAGGGGGAGGUGAGGGAAGCUUCUAUUUAUUGAGUCUGCUCUGUGCCAAGCACUGGU